CUCUCAUUCAAACUUCAUUGCGCACUGAACAUCGUCUACAUCCAUUAUGCCCUAAAUGACCCACAGACAGGACCGGACACACACCACGGAAAACGCUUGCCGCCCAGCUCAUCAUGUGUGAUGGCUCCAGGCAGAUGGCGGACGAUACGCGGUGUCUCGAUACUCACAUGCCUUCGGAGCCCUUGUUAGUGCGUCUCUGACAUUAGAAAGGCAACAGAGUGAGCUGUGCAGGUGAAUGUUUAUGUGCUAUCAGGUUACUUGAUGAUUGACGCAAUAUUCUCGUCAAGCUGUCGCUUCUCUGCCUCAAGCCCAUCCCUUUCGUCCUCCAAAGACUCGAGUUUAUCUUUGCCGUGACUCACGAAUCCUUGCAGAAACAGAGCCAGGGACAGGAGCUCACUUUUGGAGCACUGCCUACACGGCGAGCAAAGCACACACAGCACACUAUCGCCUUUCUUCCUCUUGCCUCUUGUGUGCGUUCGACUCGCCUGAGGGACUCCGGUGUCGCGAGCAUGCCUCCAGCGCAGUAGACAGAGAGCAGCUUAUCCCAAUCAGGCUGCACGGAUGCAAAGUCUACGAUGGUCUUCUCGUCUUCCGAAGGGCUUGCGCACUCAUUGCCACUUCGUUCCAUUCGUUUGCCAGCAGCGAUAGACUGAUGCUCUCGCGCAAUGCUCUCCAGGACACAGUCGUCUUCGCAGUCCGCCUCAGGCGUCGAGACAUCUCUCUGUUGAGCCGGCUCCGCCAAGUCAGCCAAUACACGGUCUGGUGGGUACAGAGACACCACAGGGGGGAAGACGGUCCAUGCAGAAUGAAUGUUGUGUACACGUGUCUCAUGUAUGUGUGUACCUGCUUCUUGCUGCAGCUCCAUCAUGUCAUCUUCAGGGCUGUCUCCCUCGCACAGAGACUCCAGCAAGGAAUCUGCUGUUUGCCGUCGAUCGUCCAGAGACACAGAGGGCUUCCUCACAGUUUCCGAUAGAUCCGAGGGGACGCGUGGCAGCUCGAGACAAACCAACCCGCCUUUGACCCGCACCAAGCGCUCGUCUUGAUGGCCGGCUGAUUGCUCUUCCUCUGUCCGCUGCCAGUGGGCUUCUGUUCCACCAUUCUCAGUGUCUGCGCUUUCUGAUGCCGAGACGUCGGUCUUUAUGGGCUCUGAUGCAGCUGUACCAGAGCCCGAUUCCAGCCAUCUUUCGACAGGGAGGUCUGCUGCGUUGACAGCGGGACGCGGCGUGGGCACAAGAAAGGGACGGCGUGUGUCAUCAGCAGCGUUGGCAGAUGUAGAAACGCAAUCAUCGCCCUCGGCUCCAGCAGCUUUGGCCUUCGUCUUCCAUGCCGCAAGCCGAGCCUCGAAGUCUUCCAGCAGAACGAGGAAGAAGGGAUCCAUGGGGUGGAAUCUUGACACGUGUCUCGUCUUCAUGUCUUUUCCUUUCCCCCUGCUCUCGCCUUCGCGGAGGUAGAAGGUCACCCCGGUGUCGUGGUGGUGCUCAAACUGCCAUCGGAGAGGAAGAGGGCACAGCUGCAUGGAGAAAAAGACAGUCGCGGCACAUGGCUGCAAACGGUGAAUGAAGAAAUUCUAUUGAUAGUUCUUCGUCGUACCACGGCCAGCUUGAGUGCCCAUGUCAGGGUGGCACGAUUGCCUUCAGGCACAUCGUCUUUGGACUUGAGAAGAGUUGAUGGCCUGAUGGGGCGGCAUGUGAUUUGAGCAAACGCCUCAAAAUAUCUGGAAAAAGGGACAUGAUCUCUUUUUGAUCUCCUGCCUGAUUGAUUUAAUACCUCGCAAACGCCACGAGGUGGUCGUGUCUGAUAAAGGGGGUGCCAUCGAUCACUUGAAUGUCUAUAUCCCCACCACGACAGGAGCCGCCGGGACUCGCCCUGGAAAGCACAAGAGAAGAAGGGACACCGUUACGAUGCGUGACGGCACACACUGACGGACUUACCACAUACCUCACCACUGGCCGCGCAAUCUGCUGUGCUUCCUCGAUAGAGCAUCCAUCGAGUGGCAGAGGCCACUGAGACAUGCCAAACGGAUAAUUUCCCUCAAUCCUGCACGCCAAAUCCGCCCCUUCCUCCCGUCUGUAUUGCCAAAUGAGGCUGCCGGGGAGGGGCUCAUACUCCAUGGCAUGACUAAUCCCCUCCAUGUGCGACAGCUCAUGUGGGUGCUGCCACUGGCAACACCGACAUGCGGCACCAGUGACAUCCUUGUAUGAGUAAUACGGGAUGCCAGGCCCGUACUCGCAUUUGUCGUCCGUGACAUGGUUUUGCCAGCCAUCGGGGAGGGGGCCGAUAAGCAUGUGGGCGACCUGGGGCAAUAGUGAUGGCUCGAGAACCGGAUUCACACCAAGAUAACACGAGUAUCGGACGACCUUUGAUAAACCAAAGAAGCAGAGGUACAUGGUUGGUGUGAGAGUCUUUGUAUGCCAGCUCAUCCUUGGUGGUCGAUUGACAGCUCUUCACCUGAUUGGCAAACAAGGUCAGCUCUGGCGGAAUGUCUUCAGCACUGGAACGCUGCCGAGCCUCCAUCCCAAUAGCGCCCUCAGUCUCUUCCAAGUCAUCCCCCUCUUCGUCACCAUCGUACUCAUCGGCAGCAAAGAGCUCACCGAGCCACUGGGGAACCUUGUAAAAUAGCGAAAACAAGCUCCCCGGCAUGCUUGACAUGCAAUGGGCUGUCUCUUCGGCAUCGAAAGGCACCACUUGCUCCUGCCUCCCGCGCAGAUUGUGAUUGAGGACAGCCCUGAUCUGAUUCUGGCUCUCGCGCCACAUGCUUUGCAAUGUCUCGCUGAAGGCCAGCCAUGUCCCGCUUGGCCGGCUGUCGACCCACGCUCUCGGGGGAGGGCCGUGCGCACCACAAGCGGCCACAGGCUGGAUGUACAAGUCCGAGAGAUCGUGUUUCAGCCCCGUCAGCGGCGGGGGGGGCGGCAGCCGAAGAGGGGCGAUGGGCGGGGGCUGCGAUGAGCGGCCGACUUCAAGUUCAACUUGUUCCAUGUCGUGAUGGCUGGCCUGCACAGCAACCACCUGGGCUUCCACGCCGCGGUGGGAUGGUUCUUGUUGCUGCUCGCCGGCCUGAAUCUCAAACACUGGCUGCAGAGCGGCCGCCAUGGGGGAACAAUUAAGAAUUCACUGCAACCAAUUCCACUGCAAAGCUGCUUCUCGAAGAGCCGAAAGAGCGGCUCCGUGAUGAGGAAGCGAACUGGCUG